UGGGUCUAACAAUAUGGUUUUGCCUACAUGGUUUUAAAGUGUUUUAUUUCCCUGAGUGACAUGAUUAUCAUCAUAGACUAUACAGUCCAUGUGGACUUUAUGGGUACACACAAUCUUUAAUUGUGAAAUGAUGAAACAGGAAGUUGUAGAUUGAUGCCAGCUAGCAUGACAGCAGCGGUGUCCACCACCACACGGGGCUUUACGAGGACCGUCCCUCCCGGUGAAGACACCGACCGACACCGCCUCCUGCUCCUCCUCUAGCCCCGUCGCUAAGAGGUCCUGGUCCUGGAGAACAAGUCCACGGUCCUCCUCUACUCUUCUACCGGACGCUGUCUCAUCAUCAUCAUCACCAUGACUACUACUCAGCGAGCUGGUUAGCAGGUUGUAGCCUCCCAACAUCUGGUAGCAGCCGACCAUUUGCAUAGCUAGGUUGAAACCGCUAUCGUCUCUUUUCUCCCCGUUAUCGGAGCUCCAUUUAAAUACCGUCGUUGAGCAUUGCAUCCAGAGAGAGAGAGAGUAGGGAACACACACAUCCAGGUCCAGACAACGUGACUGCAUGCUAUGAACGACGAGAUGCCUGAAAGCAGCAGCAGCAGCCAGCAGGGCUGAAGAGGACCAGGUGGUUGAAACCAACGCUGAUCUGAGCACACAGCAAGGAUUUCCACGGAACAAGAAGCCAGACUUCAGGCCAGAAAUCCCUGAGCGACACACAAACACACAGACACACACAGACAUUUGAUCAUGACCUAAAAAACUCCAUAACUUUACUGGGAGCAGUGGUUUGUGCCUUAGGGUUCCAGGGUACACACACACACACACACACACACAUCAAAAGCAGUUGUUACUGCAGCAGAAAGACAACCGUGUGAGUGCAGGUGAGUUAAGCAGGUGUUUAUUUGGCAUCAGGUGAACACGGGCAGGGCAGACAGCUGGCGUAAAGUGGGCACUGCCGGGGUCUUACCCUCGGAUUACAGUUUAGCAGAUUAGAGCAAAGCAGCAGUCACCUCAAACUCACCAGCCUCAUGAAAGUUACGCCGCCAGCCAAACACACACACACACCGGCACAGCUGUAGAACACAAUUAAAUUAGCACAGCUGGCAGACGUGGUGCAACCCUAGCUUAACACCAUACACACAUUAAAUCACUGGCACAAAGACGUGCUCACACACAGACACACACACACACACAGGCCUCCGAUGCAGGACAGAUGAUGCCCCACCCUUCCUUCCGUCGCCCUCGCAAAGCCAGCUGGAGAGAAGAUGAGAUUUGGGGCUGAUUGGUUUUGUCUUUUUUUUUUUUCUUUUUUUUCAUCGCAGCCUCUGCACAUCACUCCGUCCAUCACUUUCGCCUUUCUUCAUCCCUGGGUGAACCGUCAUCAUAAAAAUCUUUCCAUCGUAAGAACAAUCCGCUUGUGAUGCUUUGAUUACUUCGCCCCAAAGUUAUUUUUGUCUUUAUCUUUGUGUUUUUUCAUCUCUAUGGCUGCAGAGUGGAGCAGUAAAAAGGUCUUCUUGAUUAGUUGUUGGACUUUUUUUGUGUGAUUUCUAGAUACUAUAUCAGCAGACUCCUCAACUACAGAACUGACAUCUAGAAGGUGACUCUCAUUGGAACAGCGUCAUGAAAUCUCUUGCUACUCUCUUAGCGUGUUUUUUUUCAUCGCAUUAAGAUUUCAUCAUUCAUCACAAAGAUUUGAAGCUUUUUAUCCCAACUUUUUAAAACUUUGUGUCUGAGGAAAGUGUGCAGAGGAGCGCUUUAAACUUGACUGCUAUUCGUCAAGCAGCUCUCAGAGCCUCAGUGAAACAGGCAGACAAUGGACUGAAAGCAGAGAGGAGAGACCUUGAGACGGAGAGAGACUAGGCGGGGUGAACCUCGAGAGAAAAGCAAAAAGAGUUAAAAAAAACAAAGGAGAGAAUACUGAUGAAACGGCAGAUAAGAGAGGAACCGAGCAGUGAAGAAGAAGAGAGGUGUUUUUUUUUGGUCUAGGAUGGCUAGAGACGUGAUGGAACACCCUUCAGGCCAGACCUCCUCCCUUCUACCGCUCCUCCUCCUCCUCCUCCCAUCUUCCCUCCCUCUCUCCGCUGCUCUCUACUAGUCUGCCAGCUUUCUUUGGCUACGUCGCUUCAGCGCAACGAGAGAGACGGGGGAAAGAGAGAAAGCAGAGCGCCAGAGCUGAGCUCAACGUUCACACAGAUGGCAGAGCAAACGAGAGGGACCUGCUGCAUCCGUCCGCUCCGUGCAAUGGAUUUCACUGAAGAUGGACAUAGCAGUUAAUCCAAAAAAACAAAGAGGGAGGGAAGAGAGAGAGAGAGAGAGAGAGAGAGGUGGUCGUAAAGACAGCGGAAGGGAAAGUUAGAAAGUAAAGAGGGAGGGAAUGAACAGAGCAUAGAAAGGUGGAGGAAGCAGAUCGAAGCUGAAGGAGAGAUCACCUCUCAUUGAAAGCAAAUGAAGCGGUCAGGCUACAGCUGUGUGUAAUUCAGCUGCGACUCCAGUGUGUCUGAGUGUGUGUGUGUGGUGAGACAUUUCUGUGUGAGACGAGCACAUAGCUGUGAAGAGAGAAAGAGAGAGAGAGGGAGAGAAUCCUGUGUGAGACAGAGGAAGCGUAGGAGCAUCGCUGAGCGCACAGCUUGACUGUGAGACAAAUUGACUCUGACACAUUGUCCUCCGUCAGAGAGUGUGUGUGUGUGCUUUUGCUAGUCUGAUAUAGUGAGUGAUCCAAAGUGUUAGUCAGGGGGUCGUCCCAAUCACGCUGACCGGGGCCUUGGUGGUUGUUGUGUGGAGGCAGCAGCGGCGGCGCGGGAGUUGGUGGUGGGCUGGUGACAGUGGCAGGCUUAGGGGUUGGGGCAUGGCCAUGGGGGGGGCCGCAUCCCGUCCUCCACCCUGCACCGGGACAGGCGCUGGGGCUGGGGGUCCUGGGGCGGGGGUCCAUCCAGGGGAGCCCCCAGACUCCCGGAGCUCAGGCCCUGGCUGAGCGGAGGGACGAUGGCGGCGGCUGCGGCGGCGGUGGCGGCAGGAGGUGGAGGUAGUACCGGGGCAGGAGGCGGGGCGGAGAAAGGAGGCAGGGUGAGGUGUUCCCGCAGGGUCUGGGUUCUCCUCGGCUCCCUGGUCCUCGUCUUCCUCACCUCGCUCUUCUUCUCCGUCUCGCUCCGCGGGGGGGUCGGCUUCAACUACCUGGAGCCGCCUGGGUGGGAGGAGUCGAGGCGGGUGAAGCUAGUGCCCAGCUAUGCGGGCGCACACAGGCUGUCGCCAGCGGACACCUCGCAGCAGAAGACGUGCGCCUGCCCACGCUGCGUCGGAGACCCCGGCGUUUCUGAUUGGUUCGAUGAGAACUACGACCCGGAUAUCUCACCGGUUUGGACCCGAGACAACAUCCAGCUGCCCUCUGAUGUCUACUACUGGUGGGUGAUGUUACAGCCCCAGUUUAAACCGCACAGCAUCCAGCAGGUGUUGCUGAGGUUGUUUCAGGUGAUUCCCGGAAGGUCGCCGUACGGCUCGUGGGAUCCAGGACGCUGCCUGCGCUGCGCCGUGGUGGGGAACUCCGGAAACCUCCGCGGGGCCGGAUAUGGGGCGACCAUUGACGGACACAACUACAUCAUGAGGAUAAACCUGGCCCCCACGGUGGGCUACGAAGAAGACGCCGGCAGCCACACCACUCACCACUUCAUGUACCCGGAGAGCGCCAAGAACCUGGCGGCCAACGUCAGCUUCGUCCUGGUUCCCUUCAAAACGCUGGAUCUUGUCUGGAUCACCAGCGCUCUGUCCACCGGCCAGAUUCGAUUCACCUACGCUCCAGUGAAGCAGUUCCUCCGUGUAGAUAAAGACAAGGUCCAGAUCUUCAACCCAGCCUUCUUUAAAUACAUCCACGACCGUUGGACCAGACAUCAUGGGCGCUACCCCUCCACUGGCAUGCUAGUACUGUUCUUUGCCCUGCAUGUCUGUGAUGAGGUGAAUGUGUUUGGUUUCGGGGCGGACAGCCGAGGAAACUGGCACCACUACUGGGAGCAGAACCGCUAUUCCGGAGAGUUCAGGAAGACCGGCGUCCACGACGCCGACUACGAAGCCCAGAUCAUCGAGCGGCUGGCCAAGGAUGGCAAGAUCACUGUAUUCCCUGGGAAAUAACCAGCAAACCACCCUGUGCAUCUACUGUUCCGACGCCGGUACGGCAGCAGACACUAUAGAGGCUGCUGCUUAGAACGUGUUAGAUAUCCUCGCUUUCACUUACCUGUACCAGUUUGGGUUGAAGUAAAUGCUUACAGAAGGCGAGAUGAAAAGGUCACAAAAUGGUGCCAAACAAUGUUAUUCUAUUCACUUUCCCUCAUAUUGGAGAGGCUGCCCACCAGAGGAGGAUCUGAUUGGAGAACAUGGUGUUGUCUCUAUAAGAACCAAGAGCCAGGAACACGUAGAUUCAAAUGUAAUUCUGCUCACUUAGGACCUAAAAGUGGGAGUUAAGCCUUUAAAUUUGACAAUAGAGUGAUCGACUCUUAGUAGUUUUCAAGGUUGCAAGACCACAGAUCUCUUUUCCAGGGGCAGCUUCAACUCAGGAGUGGAAAAACAAGUGAAGGCUGGACAGCAGGAAAACUAAGAACCACUAAUAUCGACUUUGACUGUACAGAACACCAGAGGGAAAGAUCUCACCUUGGAUGAGUGUCAUCCAUUAACAAAAAUACAGUAUGCUGCGUACUGAAAAGGGCCACAGAAACGGCACCGUCAGCAUCGAGCGGACUAUUGUUCUACAGCCGUGUGAUGUCUGACAGUAACAAAGUGUGCAUAAACUUCCAGUUCUUCACCGUCUAAGCACGAGGCUCU